CGUCAAAUAUGUGUGAUGUUAGUUUUGUCUCUGUUUUCGACUUGUUUAGAUUAAACAGUUGCUCCUUUUGUAUUUUCAUUAUUUAUUCAAUAAUUCUGUAUAAAUAAGUAUAUACGGAUAACCGUGUAGUAUAAACUAUAUAUAAAAAACUGUGGCACUUAUUCUGUUACUGAAAUACAAUAUUAGAUAAUUUACAUUUUUGUGUUCAAAAUGAAAAUUGCUGUAGAAGGUUGUGCUCAUGGAGAGCUAGAAAAAAUAUAUGAAUGUAUAGAAACUUUACAAGACCGGGAGAAAAUUAAAAUUGAUUUGUUAAUCUGCUGUGGAGAUUUUCAGUCAGUUCGUAAUAAUGAAGAUCUGAAAGCCAUGGCGGUCCCUGAAAAAUAUCAGAGAAUUUGCACAUUUCACAAAUAUUAUAGUGGAGAAAGGAGAGCACCAAUACUGACUAUAUUCAUUGGUGGGAACCAUGAAGCAUCAAACUAUUUGCAAGAACUCCCAUAUGGUGGCUGGGUGGCUCCUAACAUUUAUUAUCUUGGCAGAGCUGGCAUUAUAAAGUUCGGAAAUUUAAGAAUUGGAGGUUUAUCAGGAAUAUUUAAAGGUCAUGACUAUUUACAAGGGUUGUGGGAGAGUCCACCUUAUUCUCAAAAUUCUCUACGAUCAGUGUAUCAUGUAAGAUCACUAGAUGUGUUCAGAUUGAGUCAACUUAAUGAAAAAGUGCAUGUCAUGUUGUCCCAUGAUUGGCCAAGAGGCAUCACUAAUUAUGGUGACGUUGAGAAUUUAUUGAGAAGAAAACCAUUUUUAAGAGAAGAUAUUGAAACAAAUCAUUUAGGCAGUGUGCCAGCGGAAAAGUUACUACAUGAGUUGAAACCAGAUUAUUGGUUUGCAGCUCAUCUACAUUGCCAAUUUGCUGCACUUGUUAAGCAUGAAGAUAAUACAGAAACUAAGUUUCUUGCAUUAGACAAAUGUUUACCGAAACGCAGACAUUUGCAAAUAUUGGACAUUCCUGAAGAGUAUGAUGGUGAUAAACUUCUAAAGCAGGAUGUAGAAUGGCUAACUGUAUUAAAAAGUACAAACCAUCUCUUGAGUGUCAAAAAUAUGGACUGUCAUAUGCCUGGUCCUGGAGGAAAUGAAAGGUAUGAUUAUAGACCAACAGAAGAAGAAAAAAAUGAUGUUUUAAACAUAAUGCAAGAUCUGACAAUUAAAGAAGAUAGUUUUGUGAGGACUGCACCGGUUUACAAUCCCCGGGCCCCAAAAUGUGCACCAAGUAAUCCAAGAAUGAAUCCACAAACAAUGAAUCUAUGUGAUAAAUUGUGUAUUGAUGAUCCUUUGCAAGUGGUGAUGGCUCGCUCAGGUAGAGUCCUUACACAACCAUCUCCUGAUGAUAAUAAUGUUACUUCAACCAGUGAAACAUUGAGAGUUUCUGUAUCUUCAGUAGAAUACACCCCAAUGAAAUGCUCUAAAUUAUCAUUGCCUCCACCCAAUACACCAACAGAAUGUAAUGGUGAAGAAUCUUUAAAAAACUCAAUAUGCUCUCCUGAAAGCACAUUUGCAUCUAUGGAUAAUAUGAAUACCACUGAUGACUCUUCUACUCCUACAACAAAUGGGACAAAGAAAGCUUUUAAAAGGAGAAAUAUAUCAAUCUAUAAUACUCCUAAUGGAGAAGAUACUGUAAGUGAUACAUCCAGUGGUCUGGUAGACAGUGAUAGCCCACGAUCAAAUAAAUUACCAUUUAAAAGUUAUUAUUAUAGUGAUUCUUGAUUUUAUAGAAU